UCGUUUAUCGCGAGAAAAAGCGAGAGGGAGGCGACAAUCUUGUGAUUGCUUCACGAAGAACGUUUUCGUGUGCUUUGUGCACUUUGUGUUCCAUCGCUCGUAAUCCGUCGACAUCAUGUCUUUCCGAGGAAACGAAUGCAGGAUCUAUGUGGGCAACUUGCCCCCGGACAUCAGGAGCAAGGAUAUUGAGGAUUUGUUUUACAAAUUCGGCAAGAUAACUUUCAUCGACUUGAAGAACCGCAGGGGUCCGCCAUUCGCUUUUGUUGAAUUCGACGACCCCAGGGAUGCAGAGGAUGCGGUGCAAGCCCGGGACGGCUAUGACUAUGAUGGCUACCGCUUGCGUGUGGAAUUCCCCCGGGGCUCUGCACCCGGGCGGGGCAGCAUGGGACCCGGCAGAGGCAGGGGCCCCCCGGCCCGGAGGUCUCAGUACAGGGUUCUUGUUUCAGGUUUGCCCCCUAGUGGCAGUUGGCAGGACCUGAAGGAUCACAUGAGGGAGGCUGGUGAUGUUUGCUAUGCUGAUGUGUUCAAGGACGGCACAGGUGUUGUGGAGUUCCUCCGAUAUGAGGACAUGAAAUAUGCUGUCAAGAAGCUGGAUGACUCGCGCUUUCGAUCCCAUGAGGGUGAAGUGUCGUACAUCAGAGUGCGUGAAGACUACAGCAGCCGCUCGCGCAGCCGAAGCCGCAGCUACUCUCCACGCCGCUCUCGUGGUUCUCCUACGUACUCACCAGCCCGCCGGUCUGGGUCACGAACACCGUCACGGUCUCGCUCCUGCUCACACUCCAACUGAACUGGGAACAUUUGGGGUCUGAUAUGAGGACAGCACUAUGCGCUCCACAGGCAACUUUUCCAACCCAAGUUUUUUUGGUGAAUCAUUGUAGCUUCGCUUUUUUUUUUUUUCUUUGCAAUGCUGUGGUUGUUCCAGGUGCUGUUGCUCUGUUCUGAUUUUGGGCCAUGACAUUGGCUACAAUCUUAUCAUUUUUCAAAACCUGGGAAGGGAAGGUCAGCUGGCCGUUCUUAGAUUUUUUUUUUUUUUUUCAUGUAACUCCAGGGUACAGUUCACAGGCAUUCAUUGAUGCUAAACUUUAGCAGCUGGCUUCUAGCUGUAGUAAGAUAUGCAGAAGCUAGCUAGAACCUGUCAUACCAAUUCUUCAUCCAAAUGAUUUUUCUGCAUUGCAUAUGCAUAGAUUCCUCUUUGUAAAUCCGCAUUCGUGCUUGAUGCAAGUAGUACUGCUUAAAUCGUGUGUCGCCUUUGUAGUGUGGGCAUGUCAUUUUUGCAUCACUGUUUCGUUAGCCCACCGUUUUGUAACAAGCUAUGUACAGAUUGUGUUUCACCUUUACUUUUUUUUUUUCUUGUCACAUGAGUAGCGCACAUGUAGGAAUUGUAUGCAUACAUCUAUCAGCCUGCCCAUUUGUAUGUUCGCACAUCAUGCAUUCGUAUUCGGGUAGCACUUGAGUUGUCACCAGCUGCAGCAAAAAGCACAUUUCGAUACAAGUGUUUGUGGUGUGUUGUUUCCAGAGCUAAAAAAAAAAAAUGUCUUGUGAAUGGCGAUGCCCAUCUCUUGUCUCAAUCUGUUUGUCUGUCUAGAUGCCACAAAACGGGAGGAUGGCACACGUCGCUGAGGAUCACUAAAGCGGAUAUGUUUGCGGACACGCACAUUCGGAUCGGAGGAGCUUAGCGGGAGGAUUGUGAAAAAGGUGUGGUGCCGCCCUACCGAGGAUUUGGCAAGGCGCACACAACAGGAAGGGGAGGAAAAAAAAGGAAAAAAGAUUUCGUUCAGUAGAGCAAGCGCUGGUUCGGGGAGCGCAAGAGGAGUACGGCGCUGGGAGAAGUGGCUCGCACACAAUGGCAGGAGGAGAACACGCCGCGUAGCGCAUAGGAAGGAGCAGCACGCAUCCUGCACAUGGGAGACGGAAUUGGCCAUCAGGAUUUUGGAGCCUCGUUUCAGGGUAGGCCCCUCCCUCAAACCGCCCCGCAUUGUCGCUCGCUCGCCGCCGGGCCGGCUCGUGCGCUCUCACUUGCUCCCCCCUGUCUCUUUUUGGAGGGCGUCUUGCGGCUUUGCUGGGCCAGGCCUGCUUCAGUUUGUAAUCUGCCAUCCUUCACGCUUCUGUUCUGCCACAAGGCUCAGUAGCCGUUUAAAACAUAAGUGCUCUGGGUGCGAGUGCUCACUAACCUCCUGUUCUCUCUUUCACUGUUUCUGUGUUGAUCUAACAAACCCUGUUGUGCCCUUUUGAAUGAAAUUGCAAACAUCAAGCCACAACUUCUAGAUUGAAGUGCAGGGUGGUAGUCGACACUGGCUCAUUUUUUUCUAUCCCUGUAAAUUAACUGGCCCAAAGCCCGGCAAAGUCCCUCGACUUGCAAACUAGUGACGACUCCCUUCAAGAUGAAUGCAGAGAGUCCAAGUGCUGUGUAUUUAUCUGUGGCUCUCUUUCUCCAAAGACUUUGAAUCAAGUCUGGUGACAUCAUCAGGGAGAGAAAUGCCCGUUUUGUUUAUCUUCAGGGGAGUCGCUCAUUUCCAUUCUUCUGGCUUUUAAGACAAUAUUCUUAUCUCGGGCACCUUUCAACACUUUAUUUGAAGAGUGGCGUGUUUAAACGUCUGUAGAGUCGUCUCUUUAGAUUAGAUAUCCCCCACGUGGGUAUAGUGACUGCCGUAUUGAAACGUUUUGUGGCUGUUUGCUGUGUCGUGCAAGUGAUGCCUACUGUACAUCUGUUGCCCCUGCCCAAGCAGUAAAGGAAAAGAAUUUGUACCCUAUUCUUAUGUGCAGCGUUGUGUGAUUGUGUCAUAUGGGUUGGGAUGGGGGGGGAGCCGUUCGUGCCACUCUGCUUUGCUAACCGUCCUGUCCUGUUUUCUUGCCAAAGGUCUCACUCCUGACGAGGAGGAGGACUGACACGCAGGGGUUCAGGACCUGUUUACACGUGUGUGUGGAAUCUGGAUCAAUAGGAUUGGAUGGAAUUCAGGAUUGGAUCCACACAUGGCAGGAUGCAAACAGGUGCCGUAAGAGUUGCGCGCAACUGUGGGCUGGGCUGGCGGGGUGGGCUAUUGUGGCUAGUACUAGAUGCAGCUUUGGGGUGGUUGGUGGGCUCUCUCUCUGCAGCCUUUUGCAAAGCAGUACUUCUAUUAUAAAGCAGUACUCGUAGCGUAAGUAGUGUAAUCAAGUUUAGGUCUAGCUUUAAGCUGUUUCUGUACAAUCAACUAUCUUUCUUUAGGUGGUAGAUUUUUCAGCACUCGUCAGAGGUGAGUAUGAACGUGGGGGCAGCGUGGCAUCCGAAAGUGGCAAUACAGUGGCAACUUAAAAAGGCAGAGCAGGCUAGCCUGUAGACCCUGUGUAAUCAGUGUUAAGCUGAUGGUCUUGAGUUGGCAUUAAAAGUGACAUCUGGUUUGA